AAAAAUCAACUCUGGAUGAAGACACACCCUGGGAUCCAAGGACUGGAGAGAACGGAAAAAACAACAUCUGUCUCUAAUAGGCUGCCUUGGGUCACUGGGUGUGUCUUCAAUAAGAGUGGAUUUUUCAGGCUUGGAGAGACCAGUGAAGAAGGAAAACAACUCACUGUCUGCCAUCCAUCUCUAGGUGUGUGUCCUGUUUGGAACCUCUCCAUGGCAUUGUUUGCAACAGGUGCACAGAUGGCCUCCAUUGUCUCAAGGAUAACAGCUUCGAUGGCCAUGGUCAAAGCUGGAGGGGCAGCCUCUGGCACCAUUCUAGCUGGCUCACGGGGGCUCAACCUGUUAGCCCAGACUGCCCUGGGCUCUGGAGCAUCUGCACUUGGAUCUUCCUUGGGAGCACUGAAGGUUGGCACCAUCCUAUCGGCAUGCCCUGCCUCUGUCUUGGCUCUUUGUCCCACUGCAGCCAAGGCUGCUGUUGCUGUGCUUGGGGGAGCCAUGACUGUAGCUGCUGUGCCCCCCGUGUUGAGUGCUGUGGGCUUCACAGGGACAGGAAUUGCUGCCUCCUCUCUAGCAGCUAAGAUGAUGUCCUUGUCAGCCAUUGCGAAUGGGGGUGGAGUUGCGGCUGGUGGCUUGGUGGCCACUCUGCAGUCAGUGGGAGCCGCUGGACUGUCGAUGUCAUCCAAAUUACUCUUGAGCUCUGCAGGGUCUUCUCUCAUGGCCCGUAUGAUUGGCAUUUGAGAUUCCCAGUCCUUCUCUGCUCCAGGAGAGGACCCGGAGGUAGAGGCUACACUUUCCAGUUUCAUCACCCAAGUGAAGUUAAUCCCAGGGAAGAGUCUGCCAAGGCCAAGUGCUCAAUUGGAAAUAAGAAAUAAAACCAAUUUGUUGCCA